AUAAAAGUUAUAUCAAGGGAAAUAAUAUCUAUAGCUUAUUUUAUCUUUAUUUUAAAAAUAAGAACUUGCUUAUUUAUAAAUUUAGGAAUAUUUAUUUGAAUAAAUAAAUGUAACUUUUAUAGUUAUUUAACCUCUGCUCAGGACUAUAAGCCUUAGCAAAGACAGGCGCAUAUGGUUAUAAAAUUAAGAUAUAUUAAAAUCAAUUAUUUCUUGUGAUUAUCAAUCUAAAUUGUUAUAGGACUUAUGAUAUUUAGAGGAUGGGGAUUCAAUCAAAAUUGAGUAGUCUUAUAAAAGAAAUUUACUUGUUUUUUAAAUUGUUCCUUAAAGAGGGAAUUAUAAAUCUGAAGCAUAUUCAGCUUUAAAUAUAUAUUAUUUAUUAAUUAAAAAAAUUCAAAAAAAAAAAAAACUAAAUGUCAAUAAAGGAAUACCCCAAAAUAGGCAAUCUGCUUUAAAAGUUUUUUUAUCUGCUUUUGCUAAUAAGUUUGAUUUCAGCAUAAUAUAUGAACUUAAUGACUGCGCAAUAUGAUAGUAUUCAAACUAACUUUUAACCAAGGGAUUAUACUAUGUGCAAUAAUAAAAGCGUUGGAAAUGUUAAUGGAGUAAAUGUUUAUAUCUUACAUUAGAAAGUUCCUUCUUUUAGAGCUAUUAAUUACAAAAUAUCUAUGAAAUCACCUACAGUAGUAUCACCAUAACCAUAUAUUAUAACUACAGGUAGUAGUGGAGAAGGAUAUACAAGACCAUUAGAUCCAACCAGUCCUAAUUGUAUAGACAUACCAAUGUUUUUAAGCUACAGUUAUUCUUAUUUUAAUACGAUAACUUUUAAUAGCUAAUAAAAUAGUGCUACUAUUACAAUUUCUAAUUCUGGUAACUCUUAUAUUUAUUAAUUUGAAAUAACGCUAUAAUAGAUUCAGUGUCAAGAAGGGUGUUACGAUUGCCUUGAUGGUUAAAAUUGCAAAGAAAAUUCUUGCUUAAGUGGAUUUAAUUACAUGAUUUCUAGUUAUUUUAAUUAGAAUUAAAAAAUUUGCAAUAGAAUUUGCCCAAAUGGAUAAUAUACUCAUUUUAUUGGUUAAAAUCCCCUUACGUAAAAUUGUUAAAAUUGUAUUAGCAAUUGCUUAAUCUGUUCUGAUCAAAAUCAAUGCAGCUAAUGUAUUACUGGAUACUAUUUUGAUUCUCAAUAAAAAUUAUGUGUUAAACUAACAUGUGUUGAAGGAUGCUCUAAUUGUAGCUAAAAUAAAUAAAGUUGUACUUAAUGCAUGAGUGGAUACACUCAGAUGGUGAAUCCAAACAAUAGCGCCCUACAGUACUGCUAAAAAAAUUGUGCAGUGGGAUAGUACAAUUUCGUGAUUGAAAAUACUUACAUGACAUAGUAGUGCAGAUCUUGUAUUGCUAAUUGCCAAACCUGUACUGGACCUAAUGACUGCAGUAACUGUUAUUCUGGAUAUGGAUAUAAUUCUCAAACAAAAUAAUGCGCACAAUGUUAUCAAGGAUGCUCUAAUUGUGAUUAAAAUUUAAGUUGUACUCAAUGUAUUAGUGGAUAUACUUAAACUACAAACCCAAAUAAUAAUUCAUAAUAAUAUUGCAAAAUGAUUUGCCCAAUAGGAUAAUUCACAUUUAUUAAUUGGUAAACCAUGGCCUAGUAGUGCAACCCUUGUAUAACUAAUUGCACAUAAUGUUCUCAAGAUAAAUAAUGUGACAAUUGUGCAGCAAACUAUGAGUUCAUUCAAUAAGUAUAUUAAUGUAAAAUGAUAUGCCAACAAAAUUAAUAUAGAGAUUCAACUUUAUAUAAUUGCACAAAUUGCGUUAGCAAUUGCCAAUAAUGCGUAGAUGGGUAAAGUUGCAGUUAGUGCUAAAGCAAUUACGAGUAUAUUAGUUAAGUAAAUUCUUGCUUACUUAUUUGCAAUCAGAAUUAGUACAGAAACCCACAAAAUAACUAUUUAUGUGCUGAUUGCAUAGAUAAUUGUGCAUCUUGUACUAAUGGAUAAAGCUGUACUACUUGUGUAUAGGAUUAUGAGUAUAUUUAGUAAGUCAGUAAAUGCAUGCAUAUUUGUUCAUAAAAUUAAUUUAGAGAUUCUACUUAAAAUUAUUAAUGUAUAAAUUGUCAUUCAUCAUGCUAAUCAUGCACAGGACCAGCUUAAAGCUAAUGUAGUAGCUGUUAUUAAGGAUGGUAUUAACUCGGAUCAUAUUGCUAUCAGUGGUGCCCAAAUAAUUACAAAGAAGAUUCAACGUUGUGGUAAUGUGUCUAAUGCUAAGAAUACAUAAAACCAGAUUGCUAAGCAUGUGCUAACACAUGUAAAUCUUGUUAAUAUAAGUAAAGUGAUAUAUGUUUAGACUGUUAUGAUUCUAUGGAAAUGUCAGGGAAUACGUGCAUUUGCAAAAAUAAACUUGAUACAAGAGGUAUUUUCUAUGAGUGUAGCUAUAAUAACAUUGCUGUUUUACAAGCUACUUUAGCAAUAGAUUCUCCUACUAUGAUUAUUGAUUUUGGUGUUGCUUUGACAUAAAUUUAAAACUUUUAGUGUAAUACUAUAUUUUAAGAUAGUACUCUUCAACUUCUUGGCAAUCUUCCAAAUUGCUCUAUACAAGAUACUAAAAUCAAAAUUUAACUAGGUAAUGAUGCUUAAAUUAUGGAAAACGAUAAUCUCUCAUUCAUUUCAAAUGUUCUGAGUUAUCAAAUUAGUAGCACUUUCUUAAUAGACACAUUUUACUUGACCAAAGUUCAGCAGUAAAGGAGUGAUACUCAACAGCCUUAAGUUACUAUUUAAUUCAGUAAAACUCAAAAUAAUUGCUAUGACAUCAUUUUUUCACUAGCAAAUAUUAUAAAUGAUGCUUAAAGAGGGUUCAAAAGCUUCGCUUGGAGUAUAUUAUCUUCGCCUAGCUUAGAUUAAAAUAACCUUUAAGCAGUUAAUAGUAUUGUCGAUAAUGCUAACAGUUAAAAGAGUACCACUUUA